CUGCCUGCUGUCCUGAGGUGUUUUUACCUUUAGCUCUUCUCUGGAUGACUGGGGUGGAGGCAGGAGCUUGCAUGGAGUCCCUAUCCCAACCUGUAUUCUACGCACAAGGCUUGGCAGAUGAAGACUGCCUGUGGUACUUGGACAAGAAUGGCUCAUGGCACCCUGGCUUUGACUGCAAUUUCUUCACCUUUUGCUGUGGUAACUGUUACCAGCGCUAUUGCUGCAUGGACCCCCUGAAGCUUAUCACGGAGCGACAGCAGAAGCACUGUCUUGCUUUCAGCCCAAAGACCAUCGCUGGCAUCGCCUCCGCCGUGGUCCUCUUUGUGGCCAUCGUUGCCACCAUCAUCUGCUGUUUCAUGUGCUCCUGCUGCUACCUGUACCAGAGACGGCAGCACACGCGGACACCCUUCCACGGCCAGGAGAUCCCAUUGUACAGCUACCCAGCUCAGCCACCAUGCACCUACCCUGUGGAUCCCAAAGCAGGCUUUGCACCUCCCCAGCCAGGCUAUGCCCCCAUGGCCAUGUAUGCCCCCACGGCCCCUGCAGCACAGUAUCCGAUGUACCCAGCAGGCCACCCACUUUACAACCCAACAGCGCCCCCACCCUAUCUCCCACCACAGCCCACCUACCCUGGAGCCUGAGGGGACCCUCCAGAGACUGCGGAGUCAGCGCCUUGGGCCCUGGACUGGGCGCUUCUGAGCCCCUGCCGGGGGCUUCUCUGCUGCACUGUGGCUCCUAUGAACCUCAGCCAUCCUGUGCCCGGCUCCAGACUAGCCCUUGGCCCCUCUCCCCUCCCCCCCGGUCCUCUCCCGCCUGCUGCACUGAGAGCAUGCCAAUUGACAAAACAGACGGGCCCACUUAGGGCUGCUGGAUGGAGUCCUCCUGUGGUCCCCGGGCAUGGCAAGUGGGUCUCUGUGGCAUGCUGAAUGGGGUACUCCCAUAGUUGCUAGGGCAUGCCCAGGGGUCGCCCUGUGGUCCCAUGAGCAUAGUGGUCCCUCCAGGGCAUGCUGAAUGGUGUAUCCCCCACAAUUCUCAGGGCAUGCCAAUUGGGACUGCUGGGGGUAUGCCGAGCAGGAUCCCCCCGCAGUCUCUGCAUCAUUUCCAAGGGGGUCACAGUCAAUGUUCUCUCUAGUCUUUUCCAUCCAUUUGCAGAAUAAAUUUUAUGCACACCAUGGCAUGUGUAAAGUGCACCACCAGCAAGAAAAUAAAAGUCUAGCUGUGGGCGCUCUGCUGCCCAGCUGGGCGACAUUUGAA